AUGAUAACCAAUGGGAGGUUAAAGAGUCAACCUCAGCUGCUGGUUAUUGUGUUGUCUGUGGGCAAAAUCCAGCUCACGGUUGACUAUUACUCCGAAAUAGCCAACAGAGAAGCACAAUGGGCUGUACGGUUGACUAUCUGCACACCCAUUGGUUACCAUGUUGUCUGCCGGGCUCCGUUGAUUAUUUUUCCUGUCCACAGAGUCACGAGGCAAGAGCAGCAAAAACCCUGGCCACUCUUGCCUAGCAGGGCUCCAUGGGCAGGAAAAUAUUCCCAUGCUGUUUUGUACAGCAAACUGAUGGACAAGGAGGCAUCCAGGGAUGCAUGCAGCUUGGAGCCAAAGGAGCUAGAAGAGAUAUCCAGCAAAAUAGCAGAACUAGACAAAUGGAGAAAGAUCUUUAGUCUCCGUGGGUUGGAAAUCAGUCAUACAACCCAUCAGAAGUGCCAAGACCACAGAUCGGAUGAUGAUAAAGAGGAUGCAGCUGGAGCAUCUCAAGCUAUAAAUCCGCUAAAACAGAGCCAGUUUCCAUCCAAUAUUCUUUAUUCCAUUCCUAAAGCUCUCGUGGUCUCAUCGAACCUAGGAGGGAAGCCCAUCUCAUUGGAAAUGGCCCUGGGACUACGGAGGAUGUUAUUUGGAAGCACCUUCCAGCUCUUCAGCUAUGAAUGGAAAAGAUCAUAUUUCAGAUUCCAUGAUCCAUAUACUGACUUGGCUUAUGCCCUGGAGACAGAUAAGGGAGGAGCAAUAGCAGUGCAGAUGGCUGUUCAGGUGAACAUCAUUAAAUACUUAUUGUUUGUACGAAACAAAGAGGAAAGUAUUCAUCUUCAAAGUUUAUGUAAAAUAAGCCAAAAAGAGCAAGAAAGGGCUCUUGCAGCAGCAAUGGCAGGGAUUCUGUGGACAGCAGGAGAAGGUCAGAAAGCGACUGUCUGUCUUGUCACCAAUGAUACAUAUUUUACUCCAAGUAUAGACUACAAAGUGGAUCACUUUACUGAAACAGUUCAGCUGUUUGAGUUUUUUGAGAAAGAAGCAGCACAACAGUUUCUUUAUGAUCACAUACAUUGUCUGAACUGUGAAGGAAGCCAUGGGGUGAUCUUAUUUCUGUAUAGUUUACUUUUCUCAAGGACAUUUGAAAGGCUUCAAAAAGACCUAGACGUUACCACAACUCAUCUGUUACAAUGCAGACUUGGCAACUUCAUCUGUAGACAAGCACUUCUGAACAUUAUUUUAACAGGCAGAGCAAGCCCACACGUGUUUAAUGGGUUCCAGAAGCUUGACACUGAAGGCAGUAUGCAAAACCUACUGCAUGGAGUCUUGUCCCGCAGCGAUGUGGGCUAUUUAUACUGGAGCAAGGAUGAAGUGGAACAUUACAAACCCCUGCAGGUUGGAAGUAUGUUGAAAACUCCUAAAUUGCCUAUAUGGUUGUGCAACAUCAAUGGAACAUACAGUGUUCUUUUCAGCACUAACAGGUUGCUCUUGUCUGACUGGAAAAUGGAACACCUCUUUGACUUGUAUUUUUAUAAUGGGCAGCCCUCACAGAAGACAACAGUGCACCUAACAAUAGACACUCAUUCUCAUCACUGGGAAGAAAAUCACUGUGAUGAGGACAAUGAUCCAGAAAAAAAGUUCCCUUCUGUGGAGAUGGCAAUCCGAACUAAGUGGGAGGGUGCUGCCAUCAACUGGAAUGGAACAGUUCCAUUUUUCUGAUGAAAGGCGCUGGAGGCGUAUAUGCAGUUGAAAAUCCUAUCCACAGAUUCCUUCCACAGGAUCCCUGAAAUCUAAACCAGGAGG